CUAUAUAGUGGCUGAUCCAGAUGUAUCACUCGCUAACAAACUACGUACGUAUAUGGCAUCUCUAUUGCCUGAUUAUAUGGUGCCAGCAGCAUAUGUGUGUCUAUCAUCAUUACCACUCACACUAAAUGGCAAAGUGAACAGACGUGCACUUCCAGCACCGGACGAUGAAGCAUUUUCUCGUCAACAAUAUGAAGAACCGCGAGGCGAAAUGGAAGAAAAACUGGCCGCAAUCUGGAGCGAACUGUUGGGUAUUGAACGAAUAAGUCGAAAUGACAAUUUCUUUGCGUUGGGCGGAAAUUCUUUGCUGAUUGUACGAAUGAGGUUAGAACUACGGAAGGCCGGAUUAGAUACCAGUGUCAAGAAAAUAUUUGAUGCUCCCACCUUACUCGCACUAGCUGACACUCUCGGCAAACGCCAGCCAGUCAGUAUUCCAACCAAUCUGAUUACUGAAGAUACCACGAAGAUGACUCCAGAUAUGUUGCCGCUUAUCGAUCUAUCGCAGGAAGAGAUUGAUUUUCUAGUAGCACGAGUGCCGGGUGGUAUAGACAAUAUUCAAGAUAUUUAUGGGUUAACACCAUUACAAGAAGGCAUAUUGUUCCAUCAUAUGAAGGCUGAACAUGGUGAUCCGUAUCUGUUCAUUAAUCUAGUGAAAUUUGUUGACAAAAGGGCACUUGAACGUUAUGCAACUGCGCUGCAAUACGUGAUUGAACGACAUGAUAUUCUGCGCACUAUUUUCAUAUGGGAAGGGCUGAGCGAACCGGCUCAAGUUGUCUUACGUCGAGUUCCAUCAUUACUUACCGAAGUACCUUUGGGUGAUACAGAUGAGCCAGUACUAGAACAAUUGAACAGCUACUACAAUCCACGUCACUACAAACUGGACUUAAAACAAGCACCCCUAUUGCGUCUGAUAACAGCACCAACGUCUGAAGGAGACUGGGUGGUAUUGCAAUUAUUUCACCACAUAAUUAGUGACCAUAUCACUUUACAACAACUGAAUGUAGAAGUUCAGACCAUAAUCGAAAGACAAAAUGAUCAAUUGGCCACACCUACACCAUUCCGUCAUCUGGUAGCUCAAACUCGUCUUGGUGUUAGUCAAGCCGAACACAUUCAGUUCUUCAAAAAAAUGCUAGCCGACGUAGAAGCACCGACCUUACCUUUUGGUCUGAAUGAUGUUCAUGACAAUGGAAUGGAGUUAGAUGUAGCGCAUUUGGAUCUACCACAGGAACUUAAUAAUCAGUUACGGCUGCAUGCGCGACAUUGGCGAGUUACUCUGACCAGUUUAUGCCAUUUAGCUUGGGCACAAGUAGUUGCCCGUGCCAGUGGAAGCGAGAAAGUCGUUUUUGGUACUGUGCUACUAGGUCGUUUACAAUCUGGAGAGGGAAACGACAGAGCUAUGGGUUUGUUGGUUAACACGCUACCAUUGAAGGUGGAUAUCGAUGGGACAACGGUUGAGGAUGCUGUUCGAAAAACUCAUGCACGAUUGAGUUCUUUGCUGGAACACGAACAUGCAACGUUAGCAUUGGCGCAACGCUGCAGUGGAAUACCAGCUACCCUGCCACUUUUCAGUGCAUUAAUGAACUGCCGGCAUAAAUCGCAGACAGGACAGAUAACUGUAUCGAUUCCUGGGAUGAGUAUUCUCGGUAGUGAGAGGCGAACAAAUUACCCAUUAAGCUUAUCAGUGGACGACGAUGACAAUUCACUGAGUCUAACUGUCAAAGUGGUGUCAUCAAUAUCAGCAGCAAGGGUUUGUGGUUAUAUGCAACAGGCUCUUGUCUCACUUGCCGACGCAUUAAUUUACACACCACAACAACAUAUACGAACAUUAACCAUCAUGCCACAGGAAGAACGGGAGAUGUUGUUAGGUAGCUGGAACCAAAUGACAGUUAAUUUUCCACCUCGACGUCUGCACGAAUUAUUUCAAGCGCAAGUGGAACGCGAUGGACAAGCAAUUGCCGUAGAGUGUGAAGGAGAAACUCUGACUUAUGCAGAACUCAAUAUUCAGGCCAAUCGUUUGGCACAUUAUCUCAUUGCAAAAGGCGUUAAACCAGAAGAUCUAAUCGCAAUUUGCGUUAGGCGAAGCACCAAAAUGAUUGUAGCUCUUCUGGGCAUUCUAAAAUCUGGUGGCGCUUAUCUACCACUUGACCCGGUCUAUUCGGGUCAACGAUUAACAAAUAUUCUGAAGGACGCCGAACCAUUGUUACUUCUAGUAGAUGCCACUGGCAGAAAAGCUCUUGGAGAACAUCAGGUUUCAGUAAUUGAUGUGGACAAUGCCUUGUUUGACAACCUACCGAUCGAUAACCCGAACUCGGUAAAACUGGGACUGAAGCCAGUCCACCUCUCCCAUGUUGUUUACACAUCCGGUACGACUGGAACACCGAAAGGGGUGAUGGUUGAACAUCAGCAGAUUUCGCGUUUCUUUGAAGUUGCACACAAAAAAUUUGGCAUUAAUAAACAUGACAAAUGGAGUCUAUUUCAUUCGAUAUCUUUAAGCGUUUCCGUAUGGGAGAUAUGGGGUGCAUUAUUUAAUGGAGCUCAGCUGGCAAUUGUGCCUUACAAUACAGGACGUUCUCCUCAAGAGUUUUAUGAUUGGGUCUGUUCGCGAGAAAUCACUGUGCUUGUUCAACCCCCAUCCGCUUUCAAAAUGUUUAUGCAGGCGAAAAAUAUUAGUUCGCGGUCCGAUCUACUACGCUAUGUGUUCAUUCGCGGUGAAGAGUUGAGUCCAAUGAUUGUAAAAAAUUGGAACGAAAAUAAUGCAAACACUCAAACUGUACUAAUCAAUGUAUAUGGCACUACGGAGACGCCAAGUGCAAUCUAUAAACGAAUUGAAGUUUCGAAAUAUUUACAUACUAUUGGUAGACCAUUCUCAGAUCUUCGUGUUUAUCUGCUGGACGCAAAGGGUGAAUUAGUGCCAUUGGGAGCUGAAGGAGAACUGUACAUUGGUGGUGCUGGUGUAACUCGUGGCUACCUCAAUCGACCUGAACUUACAGCGGAACGAUUUCUUACUGAUCCAUUCAGUGAGAAUCAAACAGCACGCAUGUACCGCACUGGUGAUCUGGCUCGUUAUUUGCCUGAUGGAAAUUUAGUAUAUUUGGGACGCAAUGAUCAACAGGUUAAAAUCCGUGGUUUUCGAAUUGAACCCGGCGAAAUUGGGGCUCGUUUAAUGGAACAUCCUUCGGUGCGGGAAGCUGUUAUACAGCCAUGGAAGAACGAGACUGAUAGUGAUACCCGUCUGGUGGCCUAUGUAGUGGCCGAUCCAGAUGCAUCUCUCGCUAACAAUCUACGAACUUAUCUAGCAUCUUUAUUGCCUGAUUAUAUGGUGCCAGCAGCAUAUGUGUGUCUAUCAUCAUUACCACUCACACCAAAUGGCAAGUUAGAUCGACGUGCACUCCCAGCGCCGGAUGAUGAAGCAUUUUCUCGUCAAUUAUAUGAAUCUUUACAGGGUGAAAUGGAAGGAAAAGUGGCCGCAAUCUGGAGUGAACUGUUGGGUAUUGAGCGAAUCAGUCGAAAUGACAAUUUCUUUGAAUUGGGCGGCCAUUCGCUGUUAGUUAUGCGUUUCGCGAACCUUAUCAAAAAGCAUUAUGAUAUACGCGUCAGUGCUCAGGCAUUAUUUUCCUUUCCAAUACUCAAGGACUUAGCCGAAAAAAUUACCAAUUCUUCCGACAAUAUGUAUUCAGAUGUUGCUAUACCAGCUCGUCGCAAUGGCGAUCAAGCACCAAUAUUUCUUCUUCCCAGUGGCGAUGGAGAUAUUUCUCAUGCUUUUGAACUUGCACACGAGAUUGAUAAAAAUAUUCCUGUUUAUGUGUUACCGUGGUCGUCACCAGAAAAAGUGCAGCCAUCGUCCAUUGAAGAAAUGGCCAACAAAAUGAUUCCGCUAAUAAAGAAAGUACAUCCGAAUGGCCCUUGCGCUGUAGCUGGUUACUCCUCUGGGGGUAUUCUAGCCUAUGAAGUAACGAAUCAACUUAUAAACAUAGGUUAUCCAGUUUCAUUUUUGGGUUUAAUCGAUACGUAUCCACCCUACGCAUCUAUUUCAUACAAUGAAACCGACGUCUUUUUGCUCUUUAUCACAAUGAAAUCUCCAUUUUUCAACUCGUUAAAUGAUUCAGAGUGGUGGGAACGUGUCUUUAAAUUGUCUCUGCCUGAAGCUAUCGAAGAAGUUAAACAAAAGAAUGUUGAUCUGAAAAAUAAAGAUAUCGAUUGGGAAGUAUUAUUAUUGAAACAACGAAUUCAAUACAAAACCAUAUGCGAAGUGUACAAUAUAAAUCCAAUAUCGACUACAGUAAACCUAUAUAAGGCCACGGAAUUCGAAAGGUCACUUAUUGGUAAUGAGUUCUUGGAAAAAAAAUUUGAAAAAUAUAAGGAAAAAUUUGAUAUCGAGGAAUUUUUUAAUCGCCCAAAAAGUGGAUGGGAAGUUUACAAUCUUCCAAGCUUGCAUGUGAUUCCUGUGAAGGGUACUCAUUCGACAAUGAUGACAGAUCCGACAAAUCGAAGUUUGUUGGGUGGAAUGGUAACUCCAAGGUUAACUUAGUCAACUUCUGACAUCUAUAUAAUCUAAAACUAUCACAAGGGAAACAUCUCUGAAAUGUAAUUGUAAUUCUAAAAAGUUAACAGAAAAUAAAA